AUGAAAUUCAACCUAAAUCUCCUUCGACUUCUAUCUCGCAUGUUGCCGUUUGGCAUGAUCGCGGAUAAAAUUGACAAGCCCACGGCCAUUGCCCCGCCCGUUGGCAAAUGUCCUCUACCCCUCCCCAUCGUACCUCUCGGGCCGUACAAUUUAUCCUCGGCACCCUGGACAGCGAUUCUACAACAGCUGAAUUUACAUCUUCAGAAAGCUGAAAUGCCUACAUCUCAUUCCGUUAUUGCAUUGCACGGAAAUCAGAUCCUCUUCACGUCGGGCGAUUUGAAUGCGCACUUUCGCCUUGGCUCGAUAACCAAAAUCUUCACGGGAAUGGGUGCAUUGAUUCUACGCGAGCAAGGAACUCUCUCAUUAGACGAUGCAGUAAUAAAAUAUCUUCCCGAAUUCUCGAUACAGAAUCCUUAUGCUGAAAACUAUUAUAAUAAUGAUAUUACCCUCCGACAAUUAAUGGCCCACACUUCUGGCCUACCGCGUGAGGCAUGUCCACUAAUAUUUUGUGGAAAUGACGAAGCUGAAGUAUUGAAGGGGAUCAGUGAGAUGAAGCUAGUCGUACCGCCGUGGAGCUCAGUACCAGCAUACUCGAAUUUAGGAUACGCUUUGUUGGGACAUGCUUGGGAAAAACUCACAGGGACCUCGUGGUCUGAAUGGUUAGGAAAGGAAGUAUUGAUACCGCUUGGAAUGGAACGUUCCGGGAUGGAUAUCGAAGCAGUAAAAGACCUGGCUCCGACAUCACCAGAUGGUGAAUUGAUAAAAGGAUUAUCACUUCAAUGGGUAGCUCCGGCUGGUGAUAUGUAUUCGACAGCUAUUGAUCUCUCAAAGUUUCUCUCUUUAAUUCUCAAUGGUACACCAUCUGGCUUACCUAUUCUCCAAGAAGCCACUAUCGCGGAAUGGACCCGGCCUGUUACUCUCCUUCCUGACAGUCGCACGGGGUUUGCUCUCGGUUGGGAACUUAUUGGGAUACCUAACACCCCAUAUAUGCUGAUCACUAAAUCGGGCUUAUGGGGUCACAAAUCGCACAUUGCCUUUCACCCUCCCACCAAUAUCGGGGUCAUUCUACUUGCAGGCGAUACGGCCAUCGAUCUCAUCAGCCUUGGAUCAAACUUUUUCUCAACAUUGAUUCCUAUUGUGGAAAACAUACACACAACUGCAGUCCGCAAUCUCUAUGCUGGCACUUAUGUAUGUCCAUCUGUCGGUAGUAUUACGGUAGACGCAAUCCCAGGUUCUGGCCUCUUCUUUGCCCAGGACAGAGGAACAGUGACGGCUUACGCGAAUCUUCUCCCAAAGAACACGACGGAAAAUAGUUUUUGGGUCUCGUUUGUCACAGCUGCAGACUGUCUUGCGGUUGCGUGGCAAAUUUCUUCAUUCCCACACUCUGAUGGUGAACCCGAUGGCCUCGAAGUCUUCUUUGAAUUUCAAAAAGCUGGAUCACCGACCCUAUUCCAUUGGCCAAGUAACAAUCUCACGUGUAUCAAAGACAAGAGUUAGGGACAUCUGGUCAUACCCCACGAUAUUAGAAUCAACAUAGCCCAUUUGUGGCAACGAGCAUAAAUUAAGUCACAAGAGAUCGACGUCAAAUACAACAAAUGUUAUUUUGUAUCUCGUACUCUUCACUGUAUUUCGGCCGUAUCAGGUAUAAUUGUGAUUUUUACGCAAUCGGCACCAGGACACUCACAGUAAUUGAAUUUCACAGUCAAAGCAACUGAUGAAUAUAUUUCCUUUCUAUGACUUUUUCAGUUGCAUAGAGUGAUCCAUCUAAACGUGUGCAGCAAAUGGAACUGAAUAGUAUUAGUACUUCAGUUCUUACCGUUAUAGUUGCUUAUGUGAAAACAGCAAUCCGACAACUGAAGUUCGUUAUAAAGGAGGCGUGAAGUUGUUGCUCUCUAUCCAAACGUCCAACGCACGAGAAGAAUUUAUAGCUAAUCGAGCGAGUAGUAAAGUCUACGUAAACCAUCACAAAUAUCAUCCAUUCAUUGUGCUGCCGAUGCCAGCUAGCGUUUAUCUGCAAGGUGAUGCAUCAUACUCGACAUAGGAGCAGUCUUCGUAUUCAGACUGCCUCCAAUUUGUCGGCUAUCGAGCGGACCAUUGCAUUACAACUCUUGCCUUUGCAUGUUCCCGCUUGAAAGUCAC